AUGGAUGCGGAAGCUAUCGAGUCAGUGUUGGCGCCAUGGGGAGUGGGGUUUACGUCCGAAGGCCUGGUGGCAUUAGGACAGUCUGGCGCUCGCAACUCAGCGGAGGUCAGGGAUUAUGUUUUGUCUGCGGAUCUGAGGCGUCUUCACUUGGCCCCACACCCAGCCGACUCCAGUAACUUCAGUGCACUUCACAGCAAAUCCAUGCAAGCUCCUCCGGAAGUAGCGGCAUUGGCUGCUUCGGAGGCUGCUUUAACGAGUGGCGAAUCUCCCGCCCUCAAUUAUACGCUAAAGAAACCACUGCUGUGCAUGGUUUUAUCCUUUCAAGAUGUGCGACUGCCUACGAAGGACGUCGAGGAGGACUUUUCUGGCGGUGCUCAAGGCAUUAAGGGGAAUCAAAGACGGACACUUCUACUGAGGCUUACGGACGGCCGUGGUGUAUCGUUUAAAGCUAUUGAGCUUAAGUUUUGUCAGCAGCUGGAUACAGUGCCGUUAUUGCCAGGUGUUAAGUUGCUCUUACUGCCAGGGCUGGUUCUUUAUCGUGGGAUGGCUCUGCUGACUCCCCAAACCGUAAAGAACUUGGCAGGAGGGGCAAAGCAGCUACGGGAAGCUUUUAACCUCAAGGAAAACGUACAGGAACGUCGGAAAAUAGUUCAGCAUAUCCUAAAGGAGCACAGUGAACUCCAAGAACGGAUAAAAGCAGAUAAGGAAGACACUGGCCCUCCAAAGUUCGUGCCGUUCUCCUUUUCUGCUAAAGUUCAGCAUGUGGAGCUUAGUGCAACUGCGAGUAAAGCGCUUCAGCCCCAGACAACAGCUCAGCCUCGGGAAGAACUAAAGCGCGAGGCAUUGUCACCGACAGAGGCACCGAAAGAAGCUUCGCCAGCUCAACAGCCCCGUUCGCUGUUGAUCAAGACAGAGGCUGCAGACCUGAAGUCGGACCGACUGAGGCAACUAGGAAAAGUAGAUCCAAACAGCUUGGGUGCUGGGAAGGUCAGCACUGAGAAACCAAAAGGCAGGGGAGGCAGCGGCCGACGUGGGCGGCGCGAGCGCGAUGAAGAUCUUACAGACUAUAUGAAGUCUUCUGGUCGGCCAGUGACAUUCAGUUUAUUCGACCUGAUACGAGUUGACGCAGAGCAAACAAACAGUACUGCUGCCACUGCUCUCCUAUGCGCAAGUGAACCGUACGUGAAUAGUAGCGAUUUGAAUGAAACUGCUGCUCCUCCGCCACCUCCGUACACCGGCACUCAGAUGAACGUGGGAGCACCGUAUGGGAUCAGAAGUGCUGAGGAAUACCCAGGCGGGCCACCAUCAAUGCAACAAUUCCGAGGGCGUCCUCGAGGAGGGAGCUCUCCGAGCCGCGGGGGCCGCGGCGGCGGGAGGGGGAGAGGCAGGGCCGGGGGAAGGGGAAGGGGCCCUAGAUAA